UUCACUGCGAGAUCCGAUACUGUAACGGCGACCUGUCAGUUGUGACCCUUCGUCAAUCUAACCACCGCCUUAGCUCCGCACAGUUGGCCUGUUAAUAUGUCCUCCGACACACCACCACCUUCGGAGCCUCUGAAAGUGACAUUCCUGCCUCGCGGGGGCUGCAUCGUGUCAACUUCCAUUGGGCCAGUGCAGUAUGGGAUCCCGCCGGAAACCAUCAAGGACUCGAUGGUGCUGGGGCUUCCCGUGCCCAUGUAUUUUGUCGUACCUUCAGAACCAUUCACAAAGACGCUGGGCAGCAACAUGGGUGUAAACGUGGCCGAGUUUGAGUUCCCAGCCUACUGCAACUUCUUCUUCAAACGACAAAGUGUCAACUUGAUCGUGGCGUCACAGGACGCGGAAGACCGCAUACGGCGGGUGUUUCAAGAAACGCUGUUUGGCCCCCAACAAAUCGACAUCGAGCACGACUUUCCCGUGUCCGCCCCGCCUUCGUCGUACCCUGAUCUGCCCGCCGAACUCGGCUACUUUCGCAAGUUUGGCAACACACUUAUCUCCCUCGACAUGUUGCUCAAGUUCACGCACUUCAACGCCCAAAACGUGGCCACUAUCACGGCCGGCGACAACAAAGUCACGAUCCAAAAGCUCAACGGCGAGUUUGUCUUUACGGACCACACGACCAACGGCACGGCCAUCGUCGAGGACUUUGUCCGGCUGCCCGCGGCGCCGCCAGCCCAGAUCCUCGACGAGGCGUUCUACCCGCCAGUAUUUGGGGUCACGGUGCUGGGCAACUCGCACGGGUUCGACCCAUCCGGUCGCACGUCUGGCUACGUGCUGUGGAUCAACCGACGAGGGAUCAUGAUCGACCCGCCGCCGUUUUCGAGCUCCAUCCUCAUCGCCAACAACAUCCCGCCACUCAUGAUUGACGGUGUGAUCGUCACCCAUUGCCACGCCGACCACGACGCCGGCACGUUCCAAAAGAUCUUGCAAGAAGGCCGGGUGUCGCUGAUCACGACGAGCACGAUUUACCACUCAUUUCUACGCAAGUACUCGGCCCUUUCUGGCUUUGACGAGUCGUUUCUCAAGCGUGUGCUCACGUUUCGACGGGUGCGAAUCAACGACCCGACCAACAUUCGCGGCGCGACCUUUCGCUUCUUCUACUCGCUGCACUCGAUUCCGUGCGUCGGGUUUGAAGUCACGUACGGGUCCAAACGUAUCGUGUUCUCCGGCGACCACCUCAACGACGUCGACCGGAUCCAAGCGCUGCGCGACGAAGGCGUGCUCUCCACCACCCGGUGCAACGAACUCCUCGCAUUUCCGUGGGAUUGUGACGUGAUCUUGCACGAGGCGGGGGUGCCGCCAAUCCACACGCCGAUGAAGACGCUUAUGGCCCUGGACGAGUCGAUUCGGUCGCGAAUGUAUGUCGUGCACACGGCUGCCAAGGACAUUCCGGCCAACUCGGGGCUUCGCGCGGCCCCCGAAGGCGUGCAGAACACGAUCAUUGUGCCGACAGAGCUGCCCGAAAGUGCGUCGACCAUGGAAGUGUUGGACUUGAUUCGUAAAAUCGACAUUUUUGGCGACUUGACGCUCAACGACGCGUACGAAGUCAUCCAGAUGGCAAAACGCGUAACGUUUUCAAAGGCUGAAACCGUCCAGCAAGCUGGGCAACCCACCGACAAGUUUUACAUUGUGAUCGCAGGCGAAGCGCAAUGCCAUUUCCCCCCCGAGCACGCGCCGCCAAACGUGCCGUCGGGGUCGACUCGGAAACGGCUGACCAACAUCCCCCGGUCCAAGAAAUACGUGGCGGGCAACUACUUUGACCUGCAGUACCUCCUUACGCCGCACUCCAAGGCGGGGUGCAGCAUUAUGGCUAACUCGACGCUAUCACUGCUUCAGUUUAACGCCGUCGACUUCAACUGGUUCCUUCGAGGAACGGCCGUGUUUGAGCGCAUCCAAAAGCUUAUCGACACGCGGCACAACUUUGCAUGGGACACCAUUGGCGACAACUCGUUCUUCCAAAAGCUUACCGAGAUGCAGCGCACCCAGCUCGAGCUCAUCGUGACGAGGUGGGAGGUGCGCCAGAACUACGUCGUGUGGCACCCCGACGAAGCGUGCGACAUCGCCGUGUGGGUCGCUACGGGUGAGUUCGUGCUCAAGACGUGGGCGAAACCCCCCGCCGCCGAGAAUACCCACAGCGAGCCGGGCGCCGAAACCGUGCACACGGCCACGCCGCUGCGGAAACGAAAGGGCUCGAUCAAUCGGGUACUACCCAUCGACGCGCUGUCGAGCGGCAAGACGUCCGAGUGUGUGCAUACCGUGUUCCGCAGAGGCGCUUUCGUGGGGAAUGUGGACGCUCUUUUUCAUAAAGACGACUGCGAGUUUGGGUCGGAGCUCGUGGCCAAGACUGAAGGCGUGCUGUUCAUGGUCAAGAAGCCCGAGUUCCGGUUCUUUCUGUUUGAGAACCCCGGCAUCCUCAUGGCGCUCAAUGCCAAGACGUCGGUCGUGUAGUUAGAAUGAUGGUUAACAUGUCGUGAUAUCUGCGUA